AUGAACCGAGCGAUUCAGGAUGUAAAAAUUCCGCGACAUUACUUCCGAAAGACUAAUAAGUCUGAAUUGAGAGAUAUUCAAAUGCAUUGCUUUACCGACGCUAGUCAGAAGGCAUAUGGAGUUGUGAUAUACCUGCGAUACGUCACGACGGACAGUGAAAUAGAAAGUAGUUUUGUCAUUUCCAAAACCAGAGUAGCUCCACUGAAGAAGAUGUCCCUUCCAAGAUUAGAGCUGAUGGGGGCGCUCAUCGGAGCAAGAUUAGCCUCAAAUGUGAUAGAAGAGUUAGAGAAAAGACUCCAGAUGAAUGUAUAUUUUUUGUCAGACUCUUCUGUUACGUUACAUUGGAUAAAGGGCGAUUUAAAUAAAUGGAAAUCAUUCGUCCAACAUCGAGUAAUGGAAAUACGAGAGAAAACAUCACCUGAGUCCUGGAAUUAUUGCCCUGGAGAUGAAAAUCCGGAUGAUAUGCUGACCAGAGGAAAAAAGACCAAUUCCACGAAAGGAAUAACGUUGUCUGAACUACGAAAUAAGCAUCGAUUCAAGGAUCAUGAAGAGCUCGAACUUCGAAGGAAAGCUGUAGUGAACUCAACAGUCACAGGUGAAAAUUCCAUUGAGAACGAAUUCAUUAAAAGGUAUUCGUCAUUCAGCAAAUUGAUUAGAAUUACUGCGUUGCGUUUAAGGUUUGCGAACAACUGUAGAACCAAUCCACCAUUAAGAAAAGAAAGUUUAUUGAGUGCUUCUGAACUACAAAAUGCAACAAACGUGCUAGUCAAAUGUGCACAACAUUCUGAAUUUCAACCUGAAAUUAAGUGCCUGCAGUCGAAACGAUCAGUUCCAAGUAAUAGUCAGGUUUUAUCAUUAAAUGUAUUUCUGGAUGAAGAUGAUUUUUUACGAGUUGGUGGGAGACUACGUUACUCCAAUAUUUCAGAAAACCAGAAACAUCAACUUCUUUUAUCCAAAAGACAUCAUUUCUCAUAG